AUGCUCAAUCGAGAUUAUGUAAAUGGAUUAAUACAUAAUGAUGAUGCUUUUACAUUCUUAAGAUGUGAUCGAUCUUCGCCAGCAUUUUGGGAAUUAAAGAAAAAGGAAGUUAUGGCGAUGAUCAGACAGUUAGGAUGUCCAACACUAUUUUUAACAUUAUCAGCAGCAGAAACAAAGUGGUCAGAACUAAUUGUAAUAUUAACUCAAGUGUUGGAAAAUAAAGUAAUAACAUUAGAGGAGGCAGAAAACAUGAGCUAUGAAAAAAAGUGCGAUUUAAUAAGACAAGAUCCGGUAACAUGUGUUCGUUAUUUUGAACAUAGAUUAAAAUGUUUAUGGGAAAUAUUAUCGGCUCCUUGUGGUCCAUUUCAAGGCUAUGAAUUAGUAGACAAAUAUGUCAGAACUGAAUUCCAAGUUCGUGGUUCACCACAUGUUCAUGCUCUACUAUGGUUAAAGAAUGCUCCAAAAUAUGACGAAAAUAAUCCUGAAUCAAUUGAAAGAUGUAUAGAAUUUAUUGAUAAAUUGAUUUCGGUUAGUUCUAAGCCAACGGAAUUUUCUGAAGAAUUUAUCAAUUUACAACGUCAUAAGCACUCACAUACUUGUAAAAAAUAUGUAAAAGAUUGUAUUAAAUGUCGUUUUGGUAUUCCAUAUUUUCCAAUGAGAAAAACGAUGAUUUUAGAACCAUUUAGUGACGAUGAAAAGUUAACUAAGAAAGAACGUGAAGAGAUCAGCAAAAAUAGACAGAAUGUAAUCAAAGAACUUGACAAAAUAUCAAAAGAUCAAGAUAAUUCAUUAACUUUUGAAGAAUUCUUGAAACAUGUAAAUAUGAAUGAAGAAGAAUAUAUUAAAAUAAUUCGAGCUGAAUUAAAAAAACCGAAAGUAUUCUUGAAACGUGCUCCAAAUGAAAUCAGAAUCAAUGCAUACAAUCCAAUGAUAAUGUCAUUGCACAAAGCAAAUAUGGACAUUCAGUUCAUUCUUGAUCCUUAUGCAUGCUCAAUGUAUUGUGUUGACUACAUUAGCAAAUCUGAAAAUGGAAUGUCUAAACUUCUAAGAGAAGCAUUGAAUGAGCUAAAAAAAGGCAAUAAUACAGUCAGAGAACGUCUUAGAGUUAUUGCAAAUAAAUUUUUGAAUUCAAGUGAAAUUUCAGCACAAGAAGCUGUCUAUCAUAUUUUAAGUAUUCCACUUUCAACCAGCAGCAGAAGUACUGUAUUUAUUAAUACCAAUAGACCCGAAAACAGAAUUUCUAUGGUCAAAUCAGAUGAAGUUCUUCAGAAACUGGAGCCUGAUUCAAAAGAUGUUUUUCUUCAAGGCUUAAUUGAUAUGUAUAUAAAUAGGCCUGAAGAAAUGAAAAAUAUCUGUUUGGCUGAUUUUGCUUCAUUGUAUAAUGUAUCAAAAAAACAAACAAACAACGUUCAGAUUACGGAAAAUUCUGAUGAUGAAGAUGUCAUUGACAAUGAAAUUGAUGAAAAAAGUGUUGCUCUAAAGAUGAAAAAUGGAAAAGGAUGGAUUAAAAAAAGAACAAAGGAAAAAAUAAUAAGAUUCAGAAACUUUAAGCUACAUCAAGAUCCUGAAAAUUAUUACAGAGAGCAGCUGAUGCUAUUUCUGCCAUGGAGUAAUGAGGAAAAGGAUCUUAUUCAUAUAAAUCAUGAAGAGACAUUUGAAUUAAAUAAAGAUUUGAUUCGACAGAAAAGAUCUGAAUAUGUUCAUCGUGAAGCCAAUGAAUUCGAGCAAGCUUUUGAAGAGCAUAUGGAAAGAGAAAUUGAAAAUAAUAUCGAUGAUACAAAUAUUGAAUAUGAUCAAGAUAAGAAUGAAUUUCUCAUUUAUGAAAUAGGAAAUAAUGAAGGCGAUAUCUUUGUUGAAAUGGGAAUAAAUACUCGAACUGAAAAAAUCGAACAUUUUAAUGUUCCCAAAAUGAUACCAGAUGCUGAUUAUCAGCGAUUGAUGAGAAGUCUCAAUAGCAAUCAAAGAAGAUAUACUUUAAAUGUGAUGAAUUUGAUAAAAAAUGGAGAUAAGCAAUUUUUUCAUUUUAUUAAUGGCGGUGCAGGUGUUGGCAAAAGUACUUUGAUCAAAGCAGUAUAUCAAUCGAUACUGAGAUUUUAUAAUUCUCUUCCUGGAUCUAAUCCAGAAACUAUUCGUACUGCAAUCUGUGCGCCAACUGGCAAAGCAGCAGCACUAAUUGAUGGAAUGACGUUGCAUUCAUUUUUAAGUUUACCAGUUAAUCAAUGCAAACAUAAACUCGUUAAACUAGACAGUGAUAUUUCAAAUAGAAUUGGAGUGAAAUUGAAAGAUCUACAAGAAGGAUGUCAUAAUAUCCAUAACUCGGGUAUCGAGAUUUUAUUCAUAGGUAUUAGGGUAUCUAUUCGAUCCAUUUCUCAUUAUUCACACGCACAUAAACUUGAGCAAUUUGAGUGA